AUGGAUUCGCAACUGCCUAAUAACAACGAAAGCAUGAACCGCUUUAAUGACAUCAUUCAAAGUCUACCCGCAAGAACUAGGCUGACUAUAUGCUCUCUAUGUCUUUUGGACAACAUCUCCACCCAGCUGCUGAGGUUUCUCAUCCUGAACGCCAACUCCCCCAAUAUUAUAGCAGUCUUGACCGACCAGACAGCCUUUCUGAGCUCAGGCGAGACAGAAAUUUUUCAAACACUAGUCAAACUUUUUAAGCAGAUCAGAAUGAUCUACCACACGAGAUCUCCCCUGCUGUCAGUUCAUGACGUGGCGCCCGGUCUGUGGUUCCCCAAUUCCCCUCCUCCUCUUAUACUAAGAGGCCACGAAGCCUUCAUCAUUACCGCCAUAAGAAAGGCCAAUCUGCUGAUAUUUCUAUUGACAUCGCUGAAUUGUCUUAACUACGGGUUCGAAUUGCUGCAGUCGAUAUUCCUCGAUAUUUUCUGUCCGAACACAAAUACUGUGGGAAACAAUUCCCUGGAGCAAAGCGGGAAAUUUUUAAAGUCGCAAGCUAUCCUAUAUCUCGAUCUGAAAACACAGGCCUAUAUUGCCGGCCUGAAAGAGUUCCAGGACGAGACGAACGAGAUCUCUUUGGUGAAAAAACAAGAGCUACUGGACUUGAUCUUCCCAUCCAAUCUGGCCGAUAUUCUCGUGCAAAGAAGAACGGGUGAUUCAGGGGACGUUGCGCUUUUAACUCCGUCAGAAAAGGACUUUGUCGAAAGAUGUGAUCGUCGUAGGGAAAAUCUGAAGAUCGUUCAAGAUUUCAACUCUUUGACCCAAAGCUACGAAUGGGCUCAAUUUAUCAGAGAAUUGCUAGAUUAUUGUAAUAAGAAUAUGGGUCUCAUUAUAUGGGGAAGAAAGGGUCGUGGCAAAUCACCAUUAUACGACUACGAUGCCAAUGAGUUUGAUCCUCAAGUGCUCUUCUCCACCGGGACCAGGACUCUAGACUUUAUGGAUGACCAAAGCCAGCCCAAUAACGCGUCUGCAUUUUUGUCAUCUGCCCGCCCGAGCCACUAUGACAGUCAAGCAUCCUCAACAGAUGCGCCUUCAAAAAAUCCUGCCAUCACUCAGUCUAUUGUGGAUGCCGCUGUUGCGGCCUCGAUGAGCAAUAGCGGUUCUGGUCCCAACUCCGCUCAUAACAAUGGUAAUGGCAGCAACAAUAAUGGCAGUAUCGGCUUAAGGAAACCAAAGGCAAAGCGAACUUGGUCCAAAGAGGAAGAGGAAGCACUCGUAGAAGGUCUCAAAGAAGUUGGUCCAUCAUGGUCCAAGAUCCUCGAUUUAUACGGUCCCGGUGGUAAAAUUACUGAGAAUUUGAAGAACAGAACACAGGUUCAGUUGAAGGACAAAGCCCGUAAUUGGAAACUACAAUACUUAAAGAGCGGUAAACCGUUGCCCGAGUAUUUAAUAAAAGUGACAGGUAAUCUGGAAAAAAUCUAUAAAGCGAAGAAGAAAUUUUCCCAAUCCCCAAAUUCGUCUACUAUUAUGGAACCGAACUUAUCCCAACGUCCCUCAUCGGGUGCAUCUACUACUCACGAUGGCGCUCAAGCUCACCAGGACAAUUCUCAUGCCCAAAAUAACGAUAAUAUGCCUUCUAAUGGGCUUUUUGGUAGCAGCACUUCCGACAACACCGGAUUUGACCCCCAUUUAGAAGAUGGAAUGUAA